AUAAUUUUUGACAGGUAUUUUUUAAGAUGAAAAAAAUGUGGUGUGUUUUGACUCACCCUAAAUGGAUCGUAUUCCGUAAGCGGGACGAUGUCCGGCACAGUCGGUCCGUCAACUGUGUCCGUCUGGCGGGUCUGGAGUUCUUCUGACAUGUUGGGGAGAAACUGUCGAGUUUUUAUGUCUCAGAAAAUAACGAUUCUUGGUAAGGAAGUCAGCCGUCUACAUCGUAACGUCCCAUCCUGACAUCACCGCCACUCAGGGGUGUGGGGCCAGUUUCUCUCGCUUCUGUCCUUCUGUUUCAGUGGAAAAUCCUUCCGACAGAACCCGCAGAACAAGUCGGAUCUAUAGAAGCGUUUGUCAAGGUACAAAUACGACUAAAACACCCCCUUAUCGACGUCUUCUCACCUGAACUAUUUUACAAUCAAAAAAAUUUUAUUCCACCUCUGGGCACAACUUUCGUACUACGCAUGCGCGAGCUGUAUUUUACCCAGCCUGCCUUGCGCUGUAGUCUCGUUCCCAGAGUUUUUCUUCUCGUUCCCAGGAAGUUUCACUCUCGUUUCCAGGAUUCUUCUCCGUCUUAGCCAGGUGGGCGGGGUCGUCUUGGAGAGUUUCUUGGAGAUGGCGCAGGUGAAAGAUGACGUCUUGCUGUUCGCCCACCCGUCCAUGGAAGCGUUGGCGGACGCCGUGGCUGAGAAGUGUCGGCAACUGGUCCAAACUGGGACGGAAAGACAAACCCAGGUCCAGUCAGUACAAGUCAAGAGGACGAUCAGAUGGGGAAAAUUUCCUGACGGAUUCCCCAACCUGUUCAUCGACAAUGUGAAGGAAUGUGUCAGUAGAGAUGUUGUGUUCCUGGCAAGUUUUCACUCCCCUGAUGUCAUCUUUGAACAACUGUCUGUGCUGUACGCUGUCCCCAAGUAUCUGGCGCGCUCCUUUACUGUGAUCCUGCCGUACUUCCCCACCGGAACCAUGGAACGUGUCGACACCGAAGGGCAGAUCGCCACCGCAAAGACGUUAGCGACGUUGCUAUCAGCGAUCCCCCUCACAGCGAGAGGACCGACCAAGGUGGUGAUCUACGACAUCCACUCCCUGCCGCUCAGGUUCUACUUCUCAGACAACAUCAUCCCAAGACUAGAGAGUGCGAUCCCCCUGAUUCAACGAGAACUCCUACAGCUUCCAGACAAGUCCAGAAUUGCGGUGGCGUUCCCAGACGAGGGCGCGUGGAAGCGGUUCCAUCUGAUGUUCGAGGAUAAGUUUCCGCUGGUCAUCUGCACCAAAGUCCGGGAGGACGACCAACGACUAGUGACGGUCAAGGAAGGUAAGCGGAAGGUCACCAUCAAGGAAGGUGACCCAACAGGCCGCCAUGUUGUCAUUGUGGAUGACCUUGUCAUGACCGGAGGAACGCUGAAGGAGUGUGCCAAGGUGCUGUUGGCCCAGGGAGCAGAGAAGGUCAGCGCGUACGUGACCCACCCUGUGUUUCCUCACGACUCCUGGAAACUUUUCACCCAAUCAGACGUCGUCUUCGAAAACUUCUGGAUUACAGACACGGUCCCGCACGCGCGCCAGAUCGCCGAACACCCACCCUUCAAACUCCUUCCACUGGCGGACGUCAUCUCAGAGGGACUUCUGGGUCUUAGCUUCGUGUCACAUUAAGCAGCUGCGACACAAAGCUAAGACUUUAAGACAUGUGCUAAGAUGAAAAUGAUUCUGCCCAGUCUUGCAUUUGGUAAAUGCCUCUGCCAGGCCAUGUCUAAGACUAGCUACUGUUGUACUAGCAUGUGUGGCCCAAGGGCUAUUGAAAUGGAGAUGGGCACUACCCCUAUUUUAUGUAUUCACCAAAUGGUGUGGGAAGGCACCCAUAUUUGGCAUUUGGUAUUAGGCCAUACAAAUGGACUUUUUGAAAGGAAAACUUUACCAAGAGGACAUCAUGAAAACAGAGGGAAAGUUGGAACUUGAGAAAUUUACACAUUAAAACUUUGUUCAAAAUAUAUAAAGGGCUAUUGAGAUUUGGCAGGCUAUUCUGUGCAAUAUAACCAGCUGCUGUUAGGUGCCUUUGAUUUUGGGCAAUCUGGUCUCAACUGACAAUUGGUUGGUGCCUGCACCGCUGGUGUAAUGUGUGAAGUGAUUGAGAUUUAGGAGUAUGAGAUUUAAGUAAAGUAAAGAAGCAUAUAUAAUGAUAUAGCUAGUACCAUCCUUGUCGAUAGAUAUCAAGUGUUCUGGCUAUUUGAGACCAUAUUGGGCACAGGCAUGUUGGAUUGUAUGACUUGUGUAAAAUGUAGUAGCUCUUACAUGUAGUAAUUAUAAAUGGGAUGUUUUAAAGAACUUGCACAUUUGUCAUGGACAAAGCAUUUCUUGCCAGUUACUGAGGACUCAUUGCGUUUUAUUUAUGAAUAAGACGUACACCUUUUAGGUCUUCACUUUAAAAUUAUACAAUAUUUGUGAAUUGUUCUUUUCAUGUUGUACACCAAAGAUUAGAUUGACAACUACAUGGAACUAUUGUUUAUUUUUUCUACAUUAUUGUUAAUUUGACUGCAAAAUCAAUAAUAAAGCAAGCAAAUUUAUUCAACUCACAA